CCCCCCUCCCUCCUUACAAUUUGGUUGAGUGAAUGAAUUCAAGCUUAAAGCUUAAUAUUAAAACCCCAUUUCCUUGUUUCCUUGCAUUGAAGGAAACAGCUUAGUUAAAGUGCUCUCUCUUGUCUCAUGGUUGAGUAGAGGAAGAGAAAAAAAAAAGACAUGGGGAAUUGUGUUACAGUUUACAAGAACAAAGAUCCUGCAGACAUGGAUCUUAGUGCCCGAAUUCAAUCACCCAUUAAGGAGAACAAUGUUAGAAGGGAGCCCUCAAUUGUUGGAUACGAUUCCAGGCUUCAGCCUUCAUCAAUGGAACAAGAAACUAAUUUACAAGAGAUGGGAUUCAAGAUGGUGUGGAUAUUUUGCGCCAUAAAUGCAUUAUGUAAAAUUGGGUCAUGUUUAGCAUGUGUAAUUAAGUGUGCCUAUAAUUUCUCUCCAGGUAAAACAGAGGAGAGCUUUUUUGAUUCACAGCCCUCGUUAGAAUCUGACUUUGAAGAUUUCUUCAGUGCCAAUGGUGAUUCCGCCUCUUCUUCGGGGAACAGUCCAAACCACCAGAAAAGCAACCAUUCGAUGGAGGGUGCAGUGGAUGCACAUGGAGAGUCUCCAACUGAUACAAAGAAGCAACUAAUCGAGUUAUUUCGUGAGAGCUUGGAUAAUGAUGAUGAUGGAAACUCAGCUGCUGGAAGUAGUAAAGCGACACCGUACAGGGGACACCUCCCAAGGAAAGACGUGAAAGCAGCGGAGUCUGCGCAGUGCUGCCUUCCAAGUUUGGUGCGGAACUUGAGCUUUGGUGAAAGAAAGAAACGGCUACCAAGCCCUGCUGCCCAAUAUUGAUGGAUGGGUUGGAUUAGGUAAGGUAAGCUACAUAUUUACUUUGUAUAAAUCUCUUCACAAGUUAUCAAGAUUAGCAUGUUUGAAAAAGUUACAAUCUUAAACAAACCCUUACUUGUUAUUUACCACCACCACAAUCCUAUGCUUUUGUUACCCAAACUCGGGUGUAAAUGUAUUUUUAAACUUUUUAGAGGAUCAUAUUCUAUAAUGAAAAGUGAAAAGUUGAUUGAUAGGGAUA